GCUGCGGCUCCCAAGACCUCCGGAAGGCCAUGGUCUCCCCGCAGAUGCCCCAGUUCCUCUCCCCGACGGUGAUCCUGGCGCUCUUUUUCCUUCCCCAGACACGGCCGGCCGGCGUCUUCGAGCUGCAGAUCCACUCUUUCGGGCCGGGACCAGGCCCGGGCGCCCCGCGGUCCCCCUGCAAGGCCGGGGACACCUGCCGUCUCUUCUUCAGGGUCUGCCUGAAGCCAGGGAUCUCCGAGGAGGCCGCCGAGUCUCCGUGCACCCUGGGCGCGGCGCUGAGUGCGCGCGGACCGGUCUACACUGCGCAGCCCGGAGCGCCAGCGCCUGACUUGCCGCUGCCGGACGGCCUCAUGCGCGUGCCCUUCCGGGACGCCUGGCCGGGCACCUUCUCUCUCAUCAUUGAAACCUGGAGAGAGGAGUUAGGAGAACAGAUUGGAGGGCCCGCUUGGAGCCUGCUGGCGCGCGUGGCGGGCCGGCGUCGCCUGGCGGCCGGGGGCCCGUGGGCCCGGGACGUGCAGCGCGCAGGCGCCUGGGAGCUGCGCUUCUCCUACCGCGCGCGCUGCGAGCCGCCGGCCGUUGGGGCCGCGUGCGCGCGCCUCUGCCGCUCGCGCGGCGCCCCCUCGCGGUGUGGCCCGGAACUGCGCCCCUGCCCGCAGAUUGAGGACAAAUGCGAGGCACCGCCGGCAUGUCGAGCAGGCUGCAGCCCAGAGCACGGCUUCUGUGAGCAGCCCGAUGAAUGUCGAUGCCUGGAGGGCUGGACUGGGCCCCUCUGCACAAUCCCUGUCUCCACCAGCAGCUGCCUCAGCCCCAGGGGCCCAUUCUCUGCCACUACUGGAUGCCUCGUACCCGGGCCUGGGCCCUGUGAUGGGAAUCCGUGUGCCAACGGAGGCAGUUGUAGUGAGACCCCAGGGUCCUUCGAAUGCACCUGUCCCCGUGGGUUCUACGGGUUGCGGUGUGAGGUGAGCGGGGUGACAUGUGCGGAUGGACCUUGCUUCAACGGCGGCUUGUGUGUGGGAGGUGCGGACCCCGACUCUGCCUACAUCUGCCGUUGCCCACCCGGUUUCCAAGGCUCCAAUUGUGAGAAGAGGGUGGACCGGUGCAGCCUGCAGCCGUGCCGGAAUGGGGGACUCUGCCUGGAUCUGGGCCACGCCCUGCGCUGCCGCUGCCGCUCCGGCUUCGCGGGGCCGCGCUGCGAGCACGACCUGGAUGACUGCGCCAACCGCGCCUGCGCCAACGGCGGCACCUGCCUGGAGGGCGGCGGCGCGCGCCGUUGCUCCUGCGCGCUGGGCUUCGGCGGCCGCGACUGCCGCGAGCGCGCCGACCCCUGCGCCGCGCGCCCCUGCGCCCACGGCGGGCGUUGCUACGCGCACUUUUCCGGCCUCGUCUGCGCCUGCGCGCCCGGCUACAUGGGCGCGCGGUGCGAGUUCCCGGUUCACCCUGACGGCGCAGGCGCGUUGCCUGUGGCCCCGCCGGGUCUGAGGCCGGGGGACCCGCAGCGCUUCCUUUUGCCACCGGCUUUGGGACUGCUGGUGGCCGCGGGCUUGGCCGGCUCUGCGCUCUUGCUGGUCCACGUGCGACGCCGUGGCCCUGGCCGGGAUACUGGGUCUCGCUUGCUGGCGGGGACCCCGGAGCCAUCGGUCCACGCGCUCCCUGAUGCACUCAACAACAUGAGGACGCGGGAAGGUGCCGGGAAUGGCCCGAGCCCGUCCUCAGAUUGGAAUCGCCCUGAAGAUGGAGACGCUCGUUCGGUUUACGUCAUAUCUGCUCCUUGUAUCUAUGCUCGGGAGGCCUGAGCUGCCCCUUCUCCAUCAGCACCUGGGGACAGAACCCGGAUAUUUUUGUAUUCUCUGCUUCAGACACUUUGGAGUUCAAGCUGGAAGGGGUGAUGGGGAGGAUUUUACCAUUGGAAGUUGUACAUAAUGGUUAUUUAUAUCCUAUCUCUUUUUCUCUCCCCAUCUCUCCAGAGACAUCUAUAAAGGCUCUUAGUUUGAUCA